AACAAGGAGCCGAUCCCGGCGCAGGUCCCGCAGCACCGGGGGCCAAGCUGGGUGGGAGCGCUCACGGGCCCACCGCGGCAGACAGCGAUGGCGCAGCAGGGAUCCCGAUGAUGAGGGCCGAGCUCAAAGGCCAGAACGGGACGUCCUGCCCUCCUCAAGGAGGAGCCAGCGCCGCCCGCGGGCAGGCCGGGAUUCCUCCAGGCAACGGCGCGCAACAAGGAGCCGAUCCCGGCGCAGGUCCCGCAGCACCGGGGGCCAAGCUGGGUGGGAGCGCUCACGGGCCCACCGCGGCAGACAGCGAUGGCGCAGCAGGGAUCCCGAUGAUGAGGGCCGAGCUCAAAGGCCAGAACGGGACGUCCUGCCCUCCUCAAGGAGGAGCCAGCGCCGCCCGCGGGCAGGCCGGGAUUCCUCCAGGCAACGGCGCGCAACAAGGAGCCGAUCCCGGCGCAGGUCCCGCAGCACCGGGGGCCAAGCUGGGUGGGAGCGCUCACGGGCCCACCGCGGCAGACAGCGAUGGCGCAGCAGGGAUCCCGAUGAUGAGGGCCGAGCUCAAAGGCCAGAACGGGACGUCCUGCCCUCCUCAAGGAGGAGCCAGCGCCGCCCGCGGGCAGGCCGGGAUUCCUCCAGGCAACGGCGCGCAACAAGGAGCCGAUCCCGGCGCAGGUCCCGCAGCACCGGGGGCCAAGCUGGGUGGGAGCGCUCACGGGCCCACCGCGGCAGACAGCGAUGGCGCAGCAGGGAUCCCGAUGAUGAGGGCCGAGCUCAAAGGCCAGAACGGGACGUCCUGCCCUCCUCAAGGAGGAGCCAGCGCCGCCCGCGGGCAGGCCGGGAUUCCUCCAGGCAACGGCGCGCAACAAGGAGCCGAUCCCGGCGCAGGUCCCGCAGCACCGGGGGCCAAGCUGGGUGGGAGCGCUCACGGGCCCACCGCGGCAGACAGCGAUGGCGCAGCAGGGAUCCCGAUGAUGAGGGCCGAGCUCAAAGGCCAGAACGGGACGUCCUGCCCUCCUCAAGGAGGAGCCGAUCCCGGCGCAGGUCCCGCAGCACCGGGGGCCAAGCUGGGUGGGAGCGCUCACGGGCCCACCGCGGCAGACAGCGAUGGCGCAGCAGGGAUCCCGAUGAUGAGGGCCGAGCUCAAAGGCCAGAACGGGACGUCCUGCCCUCCUCAAGGAGGAGCCAGCGCCGCCCGCGGGCAGGCCGGGAUUCCUCCAGGCAACGGCGCGCAACAAGGAGCCGAUCCCGGCGCAGGUCCCGCAGCACCGGGGGCCAAGCUGGGUGGGAGCGCUCACGGGCCCACCGCGGCAGACAGCGAUGGCGCAGCAGGGAUCCCGAUGAUGAGGGCCGAGCUCAAAGGCCAGAACGGGACGUCCUGCCCUCCUCAAGGAGGAGCCAGCGCCGCCCGCGGGCAGGCCGGGAUUCCUCCAGGCAACGGCGCGCAACAAGGAGCCGAUCCCGGCGCAGGUCCCGCAGCACCGGGGGCCAAGCUGGGUGGGAGCGCUCACGGGCCCACCGCGGCAGACAGCGAUGGCGCAGCAGGGAUCCCGAUGAUGAGGGCCGAGCUCAAAGGCCAGAACGGGACGUCCUGCCCUCCUCAAGGAGGAGCCAGCGCCGCCCGCGGGCAGGCCGGGAUUCCUCCAGGCAACGGCGCGCAACAAGGAGCCGAUCCCGGCGCAGGUCCCGCAGCACCGGGGGCCAAGCUGGGUGGGAGCGCUCACGGGCCCACCGCGGCAGACAGCGAUGGCGCAGCAGGGAUCCCGAUGAUGAGGGCCGAGCUCAAAGGCCAGAACGGGACGUCCUGCCCUCCUCAAGGAGGAGCCAGCGCCGCCCGCGGGCAGGCCGGGAUUCCUCCAGGCAACGGCGCGCAACAAGGAGCCGAUCCCGGCGCAGGUCCCGCAGCACCGGGGGCCAAGCUGGGUGGGAGCGCUCACGGGCCCACCGCGGCAGACAGCGAUGGCGCAGCAGGGAUCCCGAUGAUGAGGGCCGAGCUCAAAGGCCAGAACGGGACGUCCUGCCCUCCUCAAGGAGGAGCCAGCGCCGCCCGCGGGCAGGCCGGGAUUCCUCCAGGCAACGGCGCGCAACAAGGAGCCGAUCCCGGCGCAGGUCCCGCAGCACCGGGGGCCAAGCUGGGUGGGAGCGCUCACGGGCCCACCGCGGCAGACAGCGAUGGCGCAGCAGGGAUCCCGAUGAUGAGGGCCGAGCUCAAAGGCCAGAACGGGACGUCCUGCCCUCCUCAAGGAGGAGCCAGCGCCGCCCGCGGGCAGGCCGGGAUUCCUCCAGGCAACGGCGCGCAACAAGGAGCCGAUCCCGGCGCAGGUCCCGCAGCACCGGGGGCCAAGCUGGGUGGGAGCGCUCACGGGCCCACCGCGGCAGACAGCGAUGGCGCAGCAGGGAUCCCGAUGAUGAGGGCCGAGCUCAAAGGCCAGAACGGGACGUCCUGCCCUCCUCAAGGAGGAGCCAGCGCCGCCCGCGGGCAGGCCGGGAUUCCUCCAGGCAACGGCGCGCAACAAGGAGCCGAUCCCGGCGCAGGUCCCGCAGCACCGGGGGCCAAGCUGGGUGGGAGCGCUCACGGGCCCACCGCGGCAGACAGCGAUGGCGCAGCAGGGAUCCCGAUGAUGAGGGCCGAGCUCAAAGGCCAGAACGGGACGUCCUGCCCUCCUCAAGGAGGAGCCAGCGCCGCCCGCGGGCAGGCCGGGAUUCCUCCAGGCAACGGCGCGCAACAAGGAGCCGAUCCCGGCGCAGGUCCCGCAGCACCGGGGGCCAAGCUGGGUGGGAGCGCUCACGGGCCCACCGCGGCAGACAGCGAUGGCGCAGCAGGGAUCCCGAUGAUGAGGGCCGAGCUCAAAGGCCAGAACGGGACGUCCUGCCCUCCUCAAGGAGGAGCCGAUCCCGGCGCAGGUCCCGCAGCCGUGCCAGGCGCGGGGCCUGGUAGCACAUCCUACCAAGAAGGGAAAUGCAGCGCUCGCCCCCGACCAACACCUGCCGGGGCAGCGCAAAGAGCCCAGGGACACAGAAGGCCCUCGAGGUGGUGUUUGUGUGGCUGCUGAGGGGCACCUGGACGGUGGCAGCGGGACAGUCGCAACCUGGGUUGUCUCCGACUCUGGCAGUGGCAGCGAACAGGAUCAAGGCAGCCUCCCCGCUCCGGCUGAGGCAGGAACUGCUCCUGUCGUCUCCUCUCAUGACAAGUCAUGGAUUUGAGGAGGUGGGAAGGGACCUCUGGACAUCACCUAGUCCAAGCCCGCUGCUGGAGCGGGGUCAGCCAGAGCAGACUGCCCAGCGCUGCAUCCAGUCAGGCUCUGAUGAUCGCGAAGGACGGAGCCUCCGGCACCCCUCCGGGCAACCUGUUCCCUGGCUCGACCUCCCUUCAAAUAAACAAGUUUUGUAUUGCAGUUAGGGAGAGGUUCUUUUCUUUCAACUGGUGCCCGUUGUCUUGUCCUGUCUCUGGAUAGCGCUGCGAAGGGACUGGAGAACCGCUGCCCCACUGGGCUGUGCGCAGGAGUGUAGGCGCCUGGACCUGGGGGGUGCAGGGUGCGGUGGCAGAGGACAGGGAGGGGUGAGAGGGCAAGCUGAGGUUCUCUGUUGCUCCUGUUCAUGCUUGGGACCUUGAGGCCUCUCGGCUUUGUGGUCGUGGAG